AUGUCCGAGGAGCCAGAGAACCAGGCCGGCAACAAGAAAGUGAACGCCGCCAAAGAGCUAAAAAAGCAGGCCCAUCCAAAUGUUCUCAACACGCUUGUCGAUCUCCAGACCAGCAGCAAUGGCACAGGAGAAAAGAGCGCAGCAUAUCAGCACAAGCAGGAGAAGAAUGCAAAGUAUGCUCAAAGGCAGAAGGAGCGGGAGGCGGAACGGGAGCGACGCGACGCAGAAGACGAGCAGGCCAGGAAAGAGAAGGAGAAGCAGGAACGAGAAGAACUCAAAAAGUGGAAGGAAGAGUUCGAAAUCGAGGAUGAGGGAGAGGACCUUGUCACAGCUGGUGGGGAGUCAGCUCUGGAGCAGUUCAUUGACUACGUCAAGCUUCGAAAAGUGGUGAACCUGGAGGACCUUGCUGCCGUGUUCCGCAUGAAGACGGUUGUCGCCAUCAACCGGCUCGAGGAGCUGGAAAAGAUGGGUCGACUAAGCGGCAUCUUCGACGACCGCGGCAAGUACAUCUACAUCACAGCUGAGGAGAUGGAGGCAGUGGCCUCCUGGCUCAAGCGCAAGGGCCGCAUCAACCGGGCCGAUUUGAUUGCCGGCUGCAACAAGCUCAUCCGGCUAAACCCAACAGCGGAGGACAAGGAGAAGCUUGAAGCUGAGGCAAGGACUGCUGAAGAGGAAUUGGGAGGCGAGGCGGAGGAGGUCGCCCAGUGA